AUGUGUUGGAAUAUAUCAAACCAGUCUCGACGACAGUUCGAUCCCUCCUCCCCAACCACUACCGGCCACGCAGACGAGGUCGAAUCCGUCGUCGCGGUGACGAAAGGAUUUCUCUCCGCGCUGGCGACAAAGUCCCGCGACGAUUUCGACAAGUACUGUGUCAGAGCAGGUGGGAUGGCACUCUGGCCGCCGCCGCCCAUGGCCCCUCGAUUCUGUACAAUCGGUGCGUUUGUCGAGCACAUUUUCAAGAUCGAAGACGAUAUCAACGAGCGUAUCUGGGACCCGGAGGUGAAGGUGGAUGAAAUGGCAAAUCUGGCGGCUGUUUGGGCCCCGUUCAGAGCGAAGAUCAACGGAGUCGUGGACCAUGUGGGCGUCGAGCUGUUCAUCCUUCAUAAGAUCAACGGGGAAUGGAAGGUGACUGGGUUGGCGGAUUCUUGUCGGCAACCCACGGAGGACGAAAGAAAUAGAGCUGGUAGACAUCUGAACGAUAGAUUCGACGCUUUGGGUGAUCCACCUAGAGACACCAAGAGAUAUGAAGAGUAA